AGCAGAGGAAGAGAAGAACGGAGGUGAAAGAGAAAGCUUAAAACCGAUCUGUUUGUUGCAAGGAGUUCUGCCUAUGCGCGCGUGUGUGUGUUUUCGAACUGUUGGCCCGCUUGGAUAGAGCCUACGUUCCCGCAUUCAGUAGCGCCACAACGAGGAAAGUUCCAACUUUGAAGUUAUGUGUUUUUCUGGGGAUUGAGGACAAAUACAUUCUGGAGACACAAAAUAAACACGCGAAAUUCUGGAGAUACUUUUUGGUGCUGUUCUUACUGGAGUAGUCCUCGAAAAAAUUAAUUCUUCGUUCAUUGAGGCGUUCAUUAGAGUAAGCUUUCACGGGAGGCAGUGUCUGACACAGCGUCUGUGCUGCGAGUGUCAAGGUGCUUAUGCUAUAUGUGCUAAAACAAUUUCAUCCUUACAUACUAAGAGAGCGCAGGAAAUUGCGGAUUGGAUCUUAAACCUCUUCCAUUCAUUUGACUCAGAUAGUUGUGCUCACGCAAACCAACCAUUAUUCCAACGAUCAGUCCUCUUCCCCCUGGGCCCCAGGGGUCAGGUUCGGCGCUGGGCCCGGCGCCCAACACGUACACGACCCUGCUCUCGCCCGACAUCCCCAUGUCCCCGCGGGGAAGGCACAUGGAUUGCGUAGGUCCGCUGGGACACGACAGGCUGGACUGCGGUGGACUUGGCUACGGUCCAGAGAGGCCCGACUACGCGAGGCCCAUGGGUGCCUCUGAUCCCUUGGACCGCGUGCCGGACAGAAUGGAUUACGCGGAGCACGGACAUAUGCACCACAUGGGCCACGACAGGUUCAUAGAAUGCAGCACGGGGGCCCCGCACGACAGGCUGGACCCUCACGACUUCGACAGUGCUGUAGGGGAAGACAGGCUUGGAUGCGGGGGCCCCGAUGCGAACAUGAACACUAUGAGCAAAAUGGGCCCUCACCUGCGUCACUCGGGUCAGCUGAUGGCAGACGACGACAUCAAAGAUGAGUACCAAUUUUUAGGAUAUGGGCUAGUCCCAGGCAGAAGCUGCAUUGACCACCACAGACGCCCAAUGCCGGCCCUAACUUCCGCAGAGCCCGAGGUACCAGGGUUCUGCGCAGGAUGCGGCGGCCGGAUACUGGACCGGUAUUAUUUACACGCUGUAGAGAAGCAGUGGCACACGCACUGUCUGACAUGCAGCGACUGUCACUUCCGGUUGGACUCAGAACUGACCUGUUUCGCACGGGACGGGAAUAUAUACUGUAAAACGGAUUACUAUAGGAGAUUUGCUGUCAAGAACUGUGCUCGGUGUCAGAUGCCAAUAUCUGUGAACGAACUGAUUAUGAGGGCCAAGGACCAGGUGUUCCACCUGACAUGUUUCGCCUGCAGCGCCUGCAACAGGACCCUGAAGUCCGGGGAACAGUACGGCGUGAAAGAGGGACUAAUCUACUGUCGAAUGGACUAUGAGCUGAUGUUCCAGGGGGAGUUUAGCCUGCCCAGUAUGAGCCCCGGCAUGGGCCCCCACGGAGCUCACAGCCCCGGCGGUGGAGGCGGGGGCCCGAUUCCAUUCUAUAACGGCGUGGGCGCUGUUCAAAAGGGAAGGCCGCGAAAACGAAAAAGCCCCAUGUCAGAUCCUGACGGCUGCACGGGCCUGGGUCUGGGAGUAGAUAGUUCCGAUCGCCCGGGUGACGUCAUGGACAGGGACGGAUAUCCGCACCAGACGCCGCGACAGAAAAGAGUGCGCACCUCCUUUAAGCACCAUCAGCUGAGAACGAUGAAGUCUUACUUCGCCCUCAACCACAACCCGGACGCCAAGGACUUGAAGCAGUUGGCCCAGAAGACUGGAUUAUCCAAGAGAGUCUUACAAGUUUGGUUCCAGAACGCUAGAGCUAAGUACAGGCGUAACCUUCUCAAACAGCAAGACUCAGAAGGCGGCACCAAAGCCGGGCAGGGUGCGCUACCAGAUUCCCCAGACGGGCAUGAUAAAGAGAGCAAAGACACUAACUCCAUAGGCGACAUGAACGCCGGGUCGCCGGCACUGUCAGACAUAAGCUCCACCCCGUCCCUGAGCGACAUUCAGUCGUCCAACAUGGAAACUGACCACAACAGCAGCAGCAACAACAGCAUUUCAGACCUUUUCUCCAGCACCAUCGCCACCAUCAACUGAAUUAACCCAGCCCCAUAUCACAAUAGGGCGAUUUUUUUUCCUUUACCACCCUACGCCACGAUAAACACGUGGCAAUGCGCCAAGUGUGACUGGUUGACAACUUGCCACCAAAGCAACGGAAUCGUUUGUUUCCCUAGAUCACUGAAACGGAACAACAGAGUUCGACUAGCUUUUCACAACAAUAUUUAGCAAUAUAGAACCUGCCAAAGCUACGAGCUCGUACUAUUUUGAAUUCUUUAUUUGCAGAGGGCAUUUAUUAUUACUACUUAUCCGAUGAUGUUCGUAUUACUGGGCGAUGUUAUAUUGCACACUGCUCAGGGGCUCCGUCGCUGACCCGGACAGGAUCCUACAUGUCGGACCAUGUAUAAGUUGCCCAGAUGUAGAAGAACUCAACCGCUGUGUCAGCUAUGUGUUCAGAUAUAAGACGUGUUCAAUAAUUUCACCUGACAAUGUCCUCUUUGUGCUAUGAUAUCAUCUGACAGUGGUCAGCUAGCUAUGCUUUGUGUCGCCUAGUUGACAGUGUACUGACUAAUAAUUAUUGAAAGUCACAUGUUAAAACAUUGGUUUAAUCAUUAUCUCGCUUUCAGAAUUUUAAACUAUUGCAACGGAUAACCAAUCAAUUUCUUGCUUCCAGUACAGAUACACCCGUUUUAAAUUUAUUAUUGUGUACGCAACUACAAAUGUAGGUCAAAGAAAAUAUAUUCUCAGCCGACAAAAGUAAAAAGUUUCUUGUGAGAUUAAAAAAACGUUGAAGUACUAAGUCAUUGUUUGAAGUUAGUGGAUCUAUUCUACCAUGACAUAAAUAUAACCGAGGAUACUUAUUGUUUAGCUUUACAUGUAUAACCGAAUUUUAAAAAAAAAUAAAUACUCACACAUAAUUGACGUCACGCGAUGUACAUUUAGUAAACUUUUUUAAAAAAGAACCAAAUUUGGGUUUUAGGUUUUUAGAACGUGUAGGGCCAAUACAAAAUAAACUAAGUAAACAUUUCUCAUGUAAACCCAGAUUUGGGUUUUAGGUCUUAAGUACUCGCAUGACCAAAGUUGUGGCUAGCUUGUUUCUGUUAGUGACGUUGUACUUUUGACUAUGAAAGAAAUGUACACCCUGUACGUUUCCUGGUGUUGUUAUUACGUGUACAGCAGUGUAGGUCACCUUAACAUUUCGUCUUGGUGUGUACAUUUGUUUGAUUGCAUACUAUGUAAAUGUGUACAGUAUGUACACAUAGAUAAUGAUUGGUUUAUUUUACACGAAACCGUAAGUCACGUGACUGACAUAAACUGUCUCAGACUUCUAUACGUUUUAAUUAGUUUUUUUUUUUUAUUAUAGCUGUAAUUUAUGAUGGUAUAAUAAAAUAUUUGAACGUCAAAUUGUCAAAUGAGUGAACGAGGAAAUGAAACGAGUGUGUAAAUAAGAGAAGAUGGCGAGUGGUACACAAAAAGAAAGGAAGAAUGAAUGAAAGAAAGAAUAAGGGGGGAAAAAAACCCAGGAGGAAAGUUUAAAAUAUGGAUAAAUGAAAUAGAAGAAGUCGGACAGUCAAGAGUAAAUUAAGUAGAUGAAUGCGGGAGAGAUAGAGAGAGAGAGACACACACACACAGAGAAACAGAGAGAGACAGAAAAAGAGAAACAGAGAGAGAGAAAGGGAGAGAGAAUGAAAGAGAGAGAUGGAGAGACAAAGAGAGAGAGAGAGAGAGAGAGACUGAAAGAGAGAGAAAGAGACAGGGAGAGAGAAAGAGACUGAGAGAAUGAGCGAAAGAGAGAAAGAGAAAUAGCCAGAGAAAAAUUAAAAGAAUGAGAGAGAUAGAAAAACAAAGAAAAUGAGACAAAUAAUGAAAGACUGAAAGAAUGUAAGAGAGAAGAUAAUGAUGAAUAAAAAGCGAAAUUAAAAGAGAGAGAGAGAGAGAAAGAGAAAGAGAGAAUAUGACGUGGAGAAUGCGCCUACUUCCAUGAUAUGACAAAAAGUUCUGCUAACCAAAAAAAAUAAGUCUAGUAUGAUCACACAACAACUGUAUCAUCCUUCGAAGCAUUGCCAUUCCUGACAAGAAUUCAAACCCAUCAACACGACGAGCUGUCAUGCUGUUAUGUAGAAUUCUAUAUUUAUUUAGCCCACGUAGCCAGGGCUACUUCUCUACGCUCGUAAGUGGGACACCCUCGGGCAUCAACAUUCACAGCAGCCAAUUUCAUUAGUAACAACAACCGACACCAUUUAUCGCCGAGGUAAUACUAUUCAUCGCUACAACCUAGUUAUAGUCGAUAGAGCAUCAAUUAAGAUAGGCCCUACCCAAUUUUCAACCAGGGCUUUCUAAAUCUUAAACCCGACACUAUUUAUUACAUUUUUACUCUUGCUAUUUUUUUUUCUCUCUCUCUUCAUGAGCUCAUGUCAUAUGUCCUAUAGUGCAUACUUUUUGAUGUCAUGUCAUUUAGCUGCCAACACCAUGUUCGGAAUAUAAUCUCAGUCAUCAAGGCUACAUUUUUUUUUAAUUAGUCUAUCUAUUCUACACUAAGUAUUCACAGAAUGGUGACAGCUCUAGUGUUGCGCUCCAUUCAAUGAUUUUUAUUUUUUUUAAAGUUGUAUUUGAUUUCAAACAUAAAAUGGUUUUUACAUACAUGAACGACAACUGCCAAGUUUGUCCAGUAUGUGCUGUUGUUCCGAAUCAAUGUCCUGCUAUUUAUCAACGGUUCCCUUAAAGUUAUAUAUGUUUGUCACUUGUCACAAAACGUGUUGGGCAUUUCUCAGUGUUUUGAUAAUAUUGUAAUAUAAUGUCAUUUCAAUGUCAUGUCUUGUCAUAUUAUAGAGUGUCAUCUACACAUUAAUUGUGUGUAUGUCAGAAGAAUAAAAUAAUAAACAUUUCUUUCCAAUGAAUACCACUCGAGUAAGCUGAUGAAAUGUUAAAUUGUUAUAUGAAUGAAUGAAUGAAUAUAUAUUUGAGUACCCUUGGCAAGGGGAAUUUGGUGGCGCCAAAGGAAAUUAAAAAAAAAAACAAGAAAAAUAAAAUAAAAUAACGUUUAUAUUUAGAGGAGUUGUAUCAAUUAGCUUGGAUCAGUCAUGUAAUUAAAUUUGCAAUAGAUCUAGACUAAUAAUAAUAAAUCUGUGCGAUUA